AUGGGCAUACUGGACUUCGUCAAGGUAAGACUCGUUUUUUUGUUUUUAAAUGAUUUUUUGACAUUUUUGAUAUUUUUGUGAAGCUUUGGUCAAUGUACAUGUUGUUUUUUUAUAGUUUAGGUGCAACUGCCCUGCGCGGUCGUACAAAUUCCAUUGUUUAAAUUUUAAAAUUAAAUUUUUUCAGAUUUCACCUCCAGCUCCUCCCAAGCAUUGUAUGGUGUUCCCGUACUCUUCUCGUCCCCAAACUCGCCGUCUGGUAGUUCGAAAUGCUACUACCAAAGCGAUGGUCGUCAAAAUGCUUCCCACCUGCCCUCAGGCACUGCAUGUUGAUAACUCGUCGUUGGUGGUUCAACCGAACGAGUGGAACUCCACCACGAUGACAUUGGAUCCUAAAAAGGUGAAGAACUCAGACGAUAUGAACAACCAUUCGUUGUUGGUCUUCUGUCGUCUGAAGUCCAAAUCGCACGAAGCUCUCUUGAAGGAGUGGAUGGAUAACACCGAGGUCAGCAAGGACAAUUUCACUCAUUUGGCUUACAACUUGAAGGUAACUUUUAAUGACUGUUGAUUUUUAUAAAAUACUUUUUGUGACUUAUGGUUACCAAAAAAAAGAUUGUAUAUAACACUUGUAGAUCUACCGUUCUCGUGAUUUUGCCGCUCCUGAUACCGUCGUAGACUUGCCCGGAGCUUCAGAAUUACUCGAAGCACCCCAAGGUGUGAUCACGCUUUACGAUCCCCAGGAAUUUGUGGAUUGCCUCACGGCCAGGAACGUGGAAUCUGAAACGGCUACAGCCAAUGAGCUCAGCGAAACCGACUUGAACGCUUGUUGUCCCGAUUCGAUGGCCAAAACUGCUCAUUCCAUCGACGAAGGCACCAGAACGGCCAGAAAGAUUGGCAACAGCUGUUUCUUAGUGAACGCUUUGGACAGGAUCUACCCAGGCAGUGGCGAGCCGGUCGAAAAGAAUCUGCCCAAGUCCUACUUUCCAUGCGGUCAGAGCUAA